CUUAGCAAAUCACCUCGUGUUUCACUCGCAAACAAAGAAAAAAGUGCAUUUUAAUUACUGAUUACUGCAUUGCGAUUAGGCGUUCGCGAACAACUGCGUUUUCUUGCACAUCAGCGAACUCAAAGGGCGCGCGUGGGCAGGGCAUUAAGCGCAGUGUCUGUGUGCGUGAGUGUGGGUGCGUUGUGCGUUGUGCGUGCGUCGCAGUGUUGGUGCGUGUGCCCCCAUGUGUGUGUGUAUUUGUAUUGCCAUUAACUAAUAAACAAUAACCUUCGGGCCACGACGAAAGCCACGAAAUCGGCACCGCUGCUGUUCAGUUCAAUUCUGUUCCGUUCUGCUCUGCUCUGUGCUGUUCUCUGCUAUUCUCUUCCAUCUGAAGCAGCUGAAUAGGAGGACUCAUAGCCAGAGACUAAAAUAAAACACCAACGCUUCCGCCCCGCGAGAGGUGCGCCCAAUUCAGGAGCGGACCAGCGGCGAUCCACCAUCCCAUAUCCAAACGGAGUCUCACUCAUCUACAACUACACACCUACACACACACACACGCAAUGGCGGACGUGAGCGAUCCCAGCGAGCUGUUCGACCUGGAGCUGCACGACCUGGAGCUGCAGGACGACAAGGCCAGGGACUCCGACGACGACAGGAUCGAGCUGGACGACGUUGACCUAGAACCGGAAUUGUGUAUUAAUCUGCACCAAGACACCGAGGGCCAGGAGACCAUACAGCUCUGCGAGGAGAAUGUCAAUCCAGGUAAAAUCAAGCUGGGACCCAAGGACUUUGAGCUCAAGAAGGUCCUUGGCAAAGGUGGUUAUGGCAAAGUAUUUCAGGUGCGCAAAACCGCUGGACGAGAUGCCAACAAAUAUUUUGCCAUGAAGGUGCUCAAAAAGGCAUCCAUUGUGACCAAUCAAAAGGACACAGCGCACACCCGCGCCGAGCGCAAUAUACUCGAGGCAGUCAAGCAUCCCUUCAUAGUGGAGCUGGUUUAUGCCUUCCAGACAGACGGAAAACUAUACCUUAUACUUGAAUAUCUCAGCGGCGGAGAGCUGUUCAUGCAUUUGGAGCGCGAGGGCAUCUUCUUGGAGGAUACCACAUGCUUCUAUCUAAGCGAAAUCAUUUUGGCCCUGGGCCAUCUACACAAACUGGGCAUCAUCUAUCGCGAUCUAAAGCCCGAGAACAUACUGCUCGAUGCACAGGGACACGUGAAGCUCACCGACUUCGGACUGUGCAAGGAGCACAUACAAGAGGGUAUUGUCACCCACACCUUCUGCGGCACAAUUGAGUACAUGGCACCUGAAAUCUUGACCAGAAGUGGCCAUGGCAAAGCAGUCGACUGGUGGUCGCUGGGCGCUCUCAUGUUUGACAUGCUCACAGGAGUCCCACCCUUCACCGCCGAGAAUCGCAAGAAGACCAUCGAGACCAUUCUAAAAGCCAAGCUCAAUCUGCCAGCCUACCUCACACCGGAAGCCAGGGAUCUGGUGCGUCGCCUGAUGAAGCGGCAGGAACCUCAGCGCCUUGGCAGCGGACCCGAGGAUGCGGCGGCUGUGCAAAUCCACCCAUUCUUCAAGCACGUCAACUGGGACGAUGUGCUCGCCAGACGCCUCGAACCGCCUAUAAAACCGCUCUUGAGAAGCGAGGACGAUGUCUCACAGUUCGAUACAAGAUUCACAAGACAAAUUCCAGUGGACUCACCUGAUGAUACGACGCUAAGCGAAAGUGCCAAUUUAAUUUUCCAAGGUUUCACCUACGUAGCGCCCUCGAUACUGGAGGACAUGCAUCGGGCCAACCGGAUGCCGGCACGCUCCCCACGACGCACUCCUCGCCAGCUGCCGGACAGCAGCUUCCGCCUACAGUUCCCAUCGGCCAAUGUGGGCGCCAAUGCGCCGAUGGCCAUGCACGGUCAUCCGCAGCGAUCCGGAAUGUUUGCACGGGCCACGCCUCCGCAUCACAUGCAGCCAUUCGCGCCACGCCCCUCGCCGGCGCAGGACGAGAUGAUGGACGUGCAGCAGGGUCUGCCGAUGGUCUAAAGGCUGGAGCGAUUGCUUCCCAACCAUCCCAUCCCAUCCCGUACCAUCCCGUCCCGUAGGCAACCCACCACCUGCACCAGAAGCUCCAGCUCCCUUCCCCGCCAACGAAAAAAAAAAACAGCAAAAGAAUACAGAAAUUGACAGUUACUAUUAUGACGUAUGUGGAGUGUGGACUUGGUUAAGGAUACGGAAAGAGCAGGACGAUCAUCAGGAAAAGGAAAAGGUGGAGAAGGAGGAAAAGAAGGAGGAGGAGGCUGAGCAGCACGAGGAGCACAUGACCUCAGUGCGCGAAAUUGUUUUUGUUAUAGAGAAGCGCGCUCGGAUCGCGCUGUUGGAUAGUAAUGAGAUAGUAAUGAUAAUGAGAAUACCGAGGAAGGCAGAUGGAGAAGAUGAUUGUGCUACGCGAUGGAAAGCGUUCGUUUUUGGAUACACCUAGAUACUACAGUUAGAGACAUCCACAUAAGCAUAUGCUAUAGCAAUUACUAUUAUACACCUAGAGAGAUGAUGGUAGGCGACGAUCGCGAAACCCGACCCGGGUAACCAGGCCCAAACUUAUCCGUGUUUAUGUAUAAAUAUUAUACUUACACUUAUGUUUUAUAUAGGCAAAAAGGUUUACACAAUUUAGUUCAAAUGUACACGCAACACUUUAAUUUCGUUUUACUUACUUAUUUAACGCCAAUCGAAACAGACAGCAACAGCAGACCAUUUAUAUUACGAAAAAGUUCUGUACUUGCGCGAUAGCUCUUAAAUACAAAUCGACAUGUGAAUCGUGUGAGUUUGUGGCUUAAAUACUAAGUUCCAGCCACAAACGCACUGAUCGAGUGUAAUAACUAACUGGCUAGAAGCGUUCUACACAGCUUAUUUUUUAUUGUUGUCGAACAGUUUUCCAGUUUUCCAAUUGUUUUUGUCAUUUCGAACACCUACGGUAGGCAUAUAGUGACGUUAGUUUUUAGGGACAACUGCAGCGUAGCCAACAACACAAAAACUUAAAUGAAAUGUAAAUUAUAAACUAAACUAGAGCAUUAAAGAGUAAACUAUAAAAUAAAGUACAUAACGUAAAGUAAAGGUUUCCCAGCUCGAUUAUAAAAAGAAUGUGGCCCAAAGACCCACAACUUUGGGCCCCAACUUGCUCGCAUAGCCAAUUUGUAUUCAAUGACCUAACCCCCCGAGGAACUCCGCCUCUGUUUUUAGUCAGCUCCAUGCAAUUGGUCUAAUUCGAAUUCGAUUUGAGUUGCAUUUCUGGAUUCAAGCUAAUGGAAUGGAACAAGUUAAUACCGCGUACUGAGAAGCUAAACGCUGCCACAACCAUUAAAAAGUAUAAAAACAAUAAAAAAAACAAAAAACAGAAACAAAAUGGGGAGAUGUAACAAAUGUAUACAAUCGAUUAAUGUACUUUGAUUAUAUUCCGUUUCAGUUUGCAAUCUGAAUCAUAUUUUUUGUAUUUGCCUACGGAAUGAGAGAAUGUUAAAUCUCCACAGAAAUAAAAAAUUAAGAUGUCAAAUAUAAUCAAAAGGUGCUUUGAAUUGUUUAAAAAGACAAGACAACUACAGAAUAAAAA